AUGACCUCUGUACCAUCCUUUCUGACAAUCCGACUUCUGUAUAUUGGACCAGUCUUCUUUGGCAGCCUUUUCAAUUGGGCUUUAUUGGGAAUGUUAACUGCCCAAUUAUACAGUUUCUACAUCCAUUUCCCAGAAGAAGAGCACACACCUAUCAAGACUUUCAGUGCAUCUGCAAUAUACUUCUUGUACAUCCUAGACCUGGUGCAAACAGUUGAAUCAAUGCAUUAUUCAUAUUAUAUCCUAGUGUAUGGGUGGGGUGAUCUAUCAGUUCAAUAUGGACAUGCAGAGUUCUAUGUGAUGCUUGAGAUCUUCAACUUUGAGGAGUUGGAGGCCUAUCAUCUCGCUUUCAGGGGAUAUUGA